AUGCGCGUUGGACCGAGAAAGAGGAGCUAGAGACGUGCUCCACAGACCAACGAGCCACGUAGCUCUCCUCCCUGCCCUCACUACAUAGCCCCUGCGUGUGUCCUCCACAGCCAUCUUCUUCUCCUUCUUCUUCUUCUUCUUCUUCCAAAUAUUCAAACCCAAAGGUUUCAUGAUAAUAGAAGUUAUAUAACUAAAGCAUCCCUUAUAUGAAAUGGCUCCUUACGGUUAGCGCAUAGCUCAGGGCCAUUUUGGGUGCGUGUGUGCGCGCGAGAGAGAAAAAAUGGGACAGGCAUUACGUCGAGCAUCUGGCAGAGUACGAACAUCUUCCAGUAUCGAUCCGACGUCGUCCUCCUCAAAAUCGAAGAGCGUCAUCGAUCGGCGGCCCCCUCCCACCGACGAGUUGAAGAUCUCGAAGACCGCCGGCGAGCAUGUCGCUCUUGAUUCAGAUGGUACCCCAGGAAUCAAUGCCGACAAUCUACUUGAAGAACGGGAUCCAAAGUUCGAUGCCAUGCUUAGUCAAAUGUCUGGUAGAAUUAAGUCCAAACCUGGAGGGAAACCUGAGAUGGGUGAGGCAUUUGUGAUGGAAAAGUAUAAUAGGCCCAUGCCAAAACUGCGAAAUACAAAACCAGAUUCCGGCAGGUAUGAGGAAAGGCCCGCCCCUCCAGGAACCCUGAAUGUAGCACAGCUGCGCUACAUUAUCCUCCUGCACCAAGGGAAGGCUGACGACCAUGAAGGACCUAUGGAUAUCCAACAGAUUGCUGAAAAAUUCCGAAUUGAUGUUGCUCAGGUAGAACGGAUUUUGCAGUUCGUAUCACUGCCUCCCAGAGGACAGCAGUAAAAGAAAAGAAAAAAAAAAAA